CACAUAUUACAAUUAUAAUCUGUUAAUAAGUAAUAAGAUUUGAAAGGUGUAUUUUACAUGAUAUUUAAAGGAGGCAGCCUACUGUCUUGUACAGUAAUUGAAAAGUUCAACAGAAUAUGUUAUAAAAUCAGGUCAAGGAUGAAACACAUGAAUCUUUUUUUAGCGUUUAUAACCAGAUUUUUGUGUUAGCAUAUACCUAACACCUUAUUAAAAUACAAAACAUGUACUGGUGAAAGAUUAUAACAAAAUGUUAUGGAAAGAACAGUAGUAGAAACAUAAAGGUCACAGACUGAUACACAUUUUAUUUUAAAUUCGCUGUCAUUUUUAAAGUGACGAUAAAAAGAGAGUGAAAUAUCAUUAUGGAAAUUUAAGAACAAACUUGUUCUUAAAAUCUUGAAGGUGCACUUUUACAAUGUGGGGCAGUCAUAACACUCACCUACUUAUUUGUUAAAGCAGUAAUUUAUGUAAUCCUGAAUUAUAAAAAUUUCACUACAUGAAUAAAUUGUUAGAAUUCCUUAUAAUUAUAAUACUGCAAAGUACUACUCUCUUAUGAGGCAAUUUAUAGUUAUGUCUGCUACAGAAAGGAGCUAUGAAGAAGUAACUCAAUUAAGAGUUCCGAAAAAUGAGGACGAUGAUCACAACGAUCUACCGCCACCUCCAGAUGGCGGUUAUGGUUGGGUAAUAGUUGCAACUUCAUUUUUGUGCAAUAUGGUUGUGGAUGGGAUCUCUUACACAUUUGGUAUAUUUCUUCCUGAAAUAGUCAAAGACUAUGGGGAGACUAAAGGAAACGUAGCCUGGGUCGGUUCCUUACUUACCGGAAUGACCAUGUGUGCUGGUCCGAUAGUGAGUGCACUUGCAAAUAAGUAUGGUUGCCGGACAGUGUGUAUCGUGGGUAGCUUAAUAUCGACAGCGGCAUUCGCUCUAUCAAUUUUCUCGCCAAAUGUUAUUUGGUUAAUGUUAAUUUAUGGAUUUGUGGGUGGUACCGGAUUUGGUUUAAUAUAUUUACCUGCAGUUGUAUGCGUAGGAUAUUAUUUUGAAUCCAAGAGAUCACUAGCAACUGGUAUAGCAGUGUGUGGUUCCGGAGUAGGUACUUUUGCAUUUGCUCCUUUAGCUACAACACUGCUUCAGAUUUAUGGAUGGAAAGGUGCCAACUUAAUACUUGCUGGAAUUAUUCUCAAUUGUGUUAUAUUUGGUGCACUUAUGAGGCCCCUACAGUAUCCUGAAAAGAAUAAAGUAACUAAUAAUUCAGUGAGAGCUACUUCAGUAAUAAUACUUGAAAAUUCUAAACUUUUUCAAGGACCUGUGAAAUCUGCUUCACAUGGAGCCAUAGCACUUUCUGUCAAUGAUGUCAGAAACAGAAUUGAUUCUGUUGGAUCCAUCACUGGCCGAAAUCUUCUUGAGGUUGAGAGUUCAACAUUUACAUCUAAAUUAUCACUUGCAAGUAGGAAAAGCAAUGUUAUUCAACCAUUAGCAAGGAAGGAUGUCUUCUACUCUGGAUCUAUACUGAACUUAAAAGAAUUUCAAUCACAAAAGUCACUGGCUAGUUACAGGCAGAGCAUUACAAAUAUGCAAAAUAUAAGGAAAGCUAAAGAUGAAAAUCCUUAUGUAGAACUAUUAAAAGACCCAGUCUUUAUGCUUAUAGCAAUAUCAAAUUUAUUUGGAAUGGCUGGUUUAUAUGUACCAUUUGUAUAUCUCGUUGAUUGUGCUGUGGCAGAUGGUAUCGAUGCGAACAGUGCUUCCUUUUUACUAUCAAUAAUUGGAAUUACUAAUACAAUAGGACGUAUAAUCUGUGGAUACUUCGCAGAUUUCCCCCAAGUGAAUGCAUUAUUAGUUAAUAAUCUUUGUCUAGUCUUGGGUGCAGUAUCAAUAGUAUUCAUGCCAUUCUGUCAUACGUAUAUGGCGUAUUCAAUUGUUUCAGUACUUUUCGCUAUUGCUGUAUCUGGCUAUAUAUCUUUAAGUUCGAUUAUCUUAGUAGACCUGCUUGGCCUGGAAAAACUGACAAAUGCAUUUGGUCUAUUAAUUCUUUUCCGAGGUGCAGCUGCUCUUGUCGGUUCUCCUUUAGCGGGGGGUUUAUAUGAUGCAACCCAAUCCUACGAUAUACCAUUUUAUGUUGCAGGAGCAUUAUUCACAGUAGCAGCAGGAAUCAGUUUUGCUGUACCCUGCGUUCAGAUAUGCUCACCCAAAGGAAAAAUAAAGCAAGUGGAUGACGAAACUCUAAAUCCAAUAAACAACACUGAGAAACUUGAAAAGCAAUAACAGAAAUAAAUUGUAUAAUGAUAAA